GAUAGACACUCGCACUGGAGCUGCUGAAGUCGCCACAGAGAGCUUGACAAUUGAGGUGAAAUCCCAAGAUUCUUCUCAGUCGACUCCCCGCGUGACAGUAAACCACUCACUUGAAGAUUAAACCAAGUAUACCACCGCUCCAGAGAAUUGCCCUCUUAGAUGCCGCUCGGUCUCCGUGUUUGCAAAUGGCUUGCUGUCUGAAGGACGAGCUCCUCUGUUCCAUCUGCCUCAGCAUCUACCAGGAUCCCGUGAGCUUUGGCUGCGAGCACUACUUCUGCAGGAAGUGCAUCACCGAGCACUGGAGCAGGCAGGAGCCUCACGGAACACGGGACUGCCCCGAGUGCCGGAGGACCUUCACCGACCCCCUCCUCUCGCCGAGUCUCAAGUUGUCCAACAUUGUGGAGCGCUACUCGGCCUUCCCGCUGGACGCCAUCCUCAACGCUCAGAGGAGCUCCUACCCCUGCAAGGACCACGAGAAGGUGAAGCUCUUCUGCCUCACUGACAAAAGUCUGGUGUGCUUCUUCUGCGACGAGCCGGCGCUACACGAGCAGCACCAAGUAACCACUAUCGACGAGGCUUACGAGGAGAUACAGAGGGAGAUGAAGGAGCAGCUGGCCACCCUGCAGGACAGUGAGAAGGGACACACUGAGGCCCUGCAGCUCCUGCAAAGACAACUUACUGAGACCAAGUCCUCAGCCAAGAGUCUGCGUGCGACCAUCGGAGACGCGUUCGAGCGACUUCACCGCUUCCUCCGGGAGCGUCAAAAGAGCAUGCUGGAAGAGCUGGAGAUGGACACGGCCCGCAAGCUGGCCGACAUCGAGCACAAGAUCCAGCGCUACAGCCAGCAGCUGCGCGACGUCAAGGAGGGCAUCCAGAUCCUGCAGGAGCGCCUCAACGAGACAGGACGACACGACUUCCUGGAGGGAGUAGCCGUCACGUCUGAGAGGAUUAAAGGGAAGAUACAUGAGACCAAUCUGACGUAUGAAGACUUCCCGACAUCCAAGUACAUGGGGCCCUUGCAAUACACAAUAUGGAAGUUGCUCUUCCAGGAUGUCUCACCAGUGCCAGCAGCAUUGACCCUCGACCCUAUCACAGCCCACCAAAGACUAAUCCUCUCAGACGACUGUACCAUAGUGGCCUACGGGAAUCUCCAUCCGCAGCCUCUGCAGGACUCCCCACGCCGAUUUGACGUUGAGGUGUCUGUUCUGGGCGCAGAGGGGUUUUUGUCGGGCGUCCAUUACUGGGAGGUGAUGGUGUCGGAGAAGACCCAGUGGAUGAUCGGCGUGGCAAACGAGACAGUCAGCCGCAAGGGCAGCAUCCAGAUCCAGCCCAGCCGCGGCUUUUACUGCAUCGUUAUGCACGACGGGAACCAAUACAGCGCCUGUACCGAGCCCUGGACCCGCCUCAAUGUAAAGAGCAAGCUGGAGAAGGUGGGGGUGUACCUGGACUACCCCAAAGGCCUGCUCAUCUUCUACAAUGCAGACGACAUGUCCUGGCUCUACACCUACCGAGAAAAAUUCCCCGGCAAGGUCUUCCCCUACUUCAGCCCGGGCCAGAGCCACGCCAACGGCAAGAAUGUGCAGCCGCUGCGAAUCAACACUGUACGCCUUUAAGAGCUAUACACCUCUGUGGUCGUGAUUGUCCUGACAGAUGAAUCCAUCAUUGGUGAAUUCACAGGACUUGUGUAGGUUUCAAAAGAUGUUCAAGAAAUCAGUAAAAAAGAUGUUUAAUAGGGUGUCUGAAAUGUUUAUUUCUCUCCUUCAGUUCAAGAAUUGUGCUCGAUGUUGCUCUUAAAACCUGCGCUGUUUUUUGUGACUUGAAACGACCAUUCGAUAAUGGCCUGCACUUGAGCUUCAUUCCACGUCUUUAAAUGAAAAGAUGACACUAAAUGGAGACAGAGGGGGCUCCUCUGGGGUCUGUGGCUCAAAUGUAAAAUAAAAAUAAAAAAGAAGUGAUUUUCCCUCUCAAAGUGACUGUCCCAGGCACACCUUGCACACUCCCAGGGGGCACUGCCCUCUUUAUCAAGCUCCGGCCUCGUCAGACUCGAUGUCCCCUCUCUGUCCAGGCGGACACUGAGGACUGGUCACUUGUCUUCUCUGUGCUGUAUAGUUGGCUUAGCUUUGCGUGUGGAACGUGAUCAACAGCACUCUGCUCCUGUCUUUUUUUUGGCUUAUGUUUGGCCAGCAAUCCACCCUGAGCUUGUCGAGUCUGUUUUAUUUCUGUCCGAGACCAUGAUGUCGGUUCCUCCUGCAGCUCACAUCCACAUAUGUCUGUUCAGUCUUUGUCAUUGCAAGUAGCACAAAGCUCUUGUUCUGUGUGUGCACCAGCAAUUGUCCAUGCCACUUAAAACAAACUAAACGAAUCAAAAAGUAGUUCAUAGGCUGCCCAUCCUUAUCCACUGCCCUGUCCUACCCACUUGGUGGGAAAGUCUAUUUGGAGGUUGUCCAGAAAUAUGCUGCUAUUGAUGGAGUAAGAACUUGCAUGUUUGUGUAUUUGAGUAUAAAGGGUUAAAAGGAAUUUUCUCAUCAUGCUGGCUCAUGUUUAAGCUUCCGCUCUUUCCCCCAAAACCACAAAUAUGCUAGCCCUUAGCAUAUACGAUACCUGUGGGAUAUUUGUCCACUUCAGUGUUUCCAGUCGUUCUUUUAAAAUCAAUGUUAUUUAAAAUCAUAUCAUUUAUGUAGAUGAAGUCGAGCUGUGUGUUUUGGGAAAUGACGGUUAUCAAGGGAAACGUUGAUGGAUGGAUGGAUGAACUUUAGCACUAAUAUACUAUUCCUACGAGACUGGCAUUCCCGAGGCUGCUGCUGUGUUACAUAAUAACAGAAUCACUGAUAAUUCCUCUGAGGCUCACCCAUGUUUAUUUCUUUGCCCCACGUGCCUCAAGGGCUCUUGUUUAUCAGUAGUUGUACACAAGUCCUGCAGAAUCUAAGAGGCUCCGGUCACUCAGCCAAGUCCAGCAUACUGAGAGUUAUGUGUGUGUGUGUGUGUGUGUGUGUUUGUUUGUAUCUCUGUGGGUGGUGGUGGGCAUGUGCGGUUAUGUUUGUACGGCUUGGUUUAGCUAUAAUUUUAAAUCCAGCUUUGGUUGUGCUUGAUAAAGCCCAUCUGGCCGUUAAAGCAUACCCAUGCAGUGGCCAAAAGUGAUUAUGACAAAAUACUUUGUUAUCAGGUAGAACUUAACAGAUUUUUCUUUGGUUAAUGUACAACAGCAAAAAAACAAAACAAAAAAAAAAACAGUCACCUCACCCUUAAUUUUCCACUGUACAUCUUUGCAUUUGUACGUGUGUUGUCUGUGUUGUCUGUUUAAAAGAAAAUCAGGGCAGUGCCCUUGUUUUUUUGUAGGAUGUGAUUCCGGUAUUUGCAGUACGAUACAAACGAGGGUCAAAUGAGCAUUUGCGAGUUAUUCUUGGUCUUUGUUUUAGCUUGCACAGAUCUGCAGGGGCCUGUUUCAAGAAGCAUAUCUGCUAUGUUGUCUGAAUAAUGUUGCUGAAUAAAACCUGGAACAUGUCUGUUUUCUGGGAUGUACUCUGCAAAAUAUAUUCAGAUAACCCAGUCAACCUGCUUUGCGAAACAGGAUUUAUAUAAAUAUGUGUGAAGAUAAUAAUUUAAAAAAAAGUUUAGACAAUCAGGACAGUAUUUAGUCAUUUUACUUCUCAAUUGACCCCAUGAAUUGAAUUGAGAAGUAAAUCCCACCCAGCAGGUGCUUCAUGCAUGUUAAAACAAGUGCUCAAAUCUGACCCCAGUUUGCUGUCUUCAUUAAAGACUUUCUGUUUGAAUAUUAAGAAGGAGAUUAUUGUGACGUGGUGUUGGGUUACUGGUGGUGGUGACGCUAAUGGUUAAAAUGAUCAUGAUGAUAACUAUGACACUUUUAAUGAUUAUAAUGAUAAUUGUGUCUUUUGAUGAUGGCAGCUGUGCACCCAUCAUUGUGUGAACACACUCUAGUGUGCUUUUGCUGCUGGAGGUUUGUGAGAUGUUUUAAUGUACAAUAAAUUACUGCUAAAAUGUC